UUCUGAUGGAAAAAUCUUCUCUCGUAAUUAUGUCUGAGGACAUGGUUGCGGAUGGAUAUGAAGACAUAAUGAACGUUGACAUUUCAUCAGUGGCCAUUGACAUGAUGAAAAGAAAAUAUGAGCACAUACCUCAGCUGAAAUACAUGCAAAUGGAUGUUAGGGAUAUGAGUGUCUUCCCAGACGAAUCAUUUGAAGGUGUCAUUGAUAAAGGAACUCUUGAUUCACUGAUGUGUGGCAAUGAUGCUCCAAUUAGUGCUGCUCAAAUGCUAGGGGAAGUGAGUAGGUUGUAGACUUUAAGACUCAAUUGACAGCUGCAAUU